AGUACAUUAUCAUCGUAGCUGUUCACGCAAGCCAUAUUGCCAGCUGGAGAAAGGGUAUACCUCCCUGUUGCGCUCGCCAUGGCGGCUUCACGAGACCUGAGUUUACUGCAGAAGUGCGAAGAGUUCCUGUUGCAUCCGACCGUGCGCGCCUUAUCGCUCGCCCAGCGCGUGGACUUUCUGGAGAAGAAAGGUUUGUCCCCGGAGGAAAUCACUCAAUGUCUCAAGAGCGUGGAGCGCCGCAAUGGCCUCUCACAGCUAGCGCAGCGCACGGUCGAAGGACUAACGGACCUUAAGCCACCAGGAUCUCAAGUUGCAGCCUCCACAUCACUAUUUCAGCUGCUGCAGCUCGUUGUUAAGAAGUACGGCGUGGUGACACUGCUACUGGCGUUGCUGGGCUACGGGUAUGCUCAGUUUAAGACGCGGAAAACGCAGCAGCUGCUGCUUCAGCACGAGGCUGACAAAACGCAGCGUCGGAAGCGAAUGCACUCGCGAGUGGAGGCGCUGCUGAGCGUGGUCAAGGACCAGCAGGCACAAUACAACCAGGCAGCGGAGCUGCUGAGAGCGCGCGUGACCAAAUAUCUGGCUGCGCAACAAGCCGCUGCGGAGCAACCUAAGGCUAAUACGUCGGCCACGCAGUUUUCGAGAGGACUGGAGCUCCAGGCACUGCAGAGCGAGCUGAUGGAGCUCAAGAGCACCGUUUUGGACACGUAUCUGCAGCCACGUGUUGUGAACAGAGUGGUGGAAGUAACCAAGGAGAUCCCGAUCGUACUGAGACCUACUGAAACCACAGUGACAAAGAGGCUAGCACAAGGAAUGGAAGUCGCGCAGAACUUUUCGGAGCAGGUGGAGAGUGGGAAAGCUGUUGCUUCUUGCCGCAAGUCGCCGAUGAAGCACCUUCAAUCAGUGACAGACACACACCAAAAAGAAUCACGACCCGAGAAGCAGGGCAGAAUCAGAGAUCAGACUACUAUGAGCUCCGAGGAAAUAAUCAAGCUGUUCGAGCGCGGUCAGGUUGAAGAGGAGCUUUCGACAGCUUGCAGCUACCGAUUCUUGUUUGCAACGCAAUAAUGGAAAUUCACGUAAAUGGAUUGAUGUAAUUUAAACAUUUUCGCAUAAUUUACCUGUGUUUCGUCC